UGGCUAAGGAGGAAGAGCGAGGCCCGGGCAGGCGACGCCUGCUGCCGCACGUACAGAGGCUUAGCGCGGCCGCUCUAACCAGGGCCAGCUGGUCGCCAGCCUCCGUGCAACCUUGGUGCCGUACCACUGCGGUGCGUGCGGCUGCCACCGUCUCUGCCGAGGCUGGAUUUUAGGAUGCCAACAAGGUAACACUCGACAGCUACGGCGUAUUCAGGGUCGCUUCGAUUAGAGAGUGUGAUGUAUGAGAGACGUUCAUGCCUGCGUUGUCGGGUGGUGAGCAAUCUGCAGCACGUGGGAUGGACCUCAACUCAGUGGUCGUGCCUGCCGAUGCUUUUGUGCUUGGCCGUCAGGACCACCAGGGUUCUCAGGAAGCUGACCACCAGAUCGGAUUUACACUUGUGGAAACCAGAAUCAAUGUGCAAAAAUGAACCUAUCAGGUUCCUUCAACGCAAAUACUAUGCACUUCAAAAUCAACAGCUGAGUACAAAUAUGAGUGAGAAGGCUCCUCAUGCAACGUAUCAAGUUGCUUUGAGAGUAGAGAAGAAUGGGAAACUACAGACUAUUGCUGAAGAGCUUAUCCUACCCAGUGCGACUGAACUGUUGUGGUAUCUAUCAUGAUCAGUGCUGAAGCUGCAGGGAAACAGUAAACUCUCGGCUUGUCUAACUUACAGUAGGUAGACGUAUUUCUGAAAUAACUGAUAACAUAAACAAACAAGGCAAUAAGGUAAAUGAAGCAAAAAAAUAAAAAGUAGUGAAAUUGUUUCUACUCAGCUUGGUGAGUCUACUGGUGUGUCACAAUGCGCUCCAUUUUUAUGUUUCAUCCGAUUCGAAUCAGAUGGUUCGAUAGCGGAAGAUGUUUUGUUCUGUAUGCCUUUGCGAAAUCACACAACUGGGGAAUGUUUAUUUAAAUUUUUUCUUGAAGCUACAAACCAAUUUGAGGUAGACUAGAAAAAAUUCAUUGCCAUUUGCAGUGAUGCAGCAAAAACACUGAACUACAGAAAAGUUGAAAAACUAAAAUUACUGUGCUAAACGCAAAGUGGAUUCACUUUUUCUAACCGCCAAGGAUUCGCAUCUAAAAAAAUGUGUAAUAAACUUCAGCACGUUCAUAAUGAUGCAAUUAAAGUUGUACAUUUUAUUAGUAUUCGAUCCUUACAAUCUCGAUUAUUUGGUUAUUUGGCAGGCUGUGCUUUUGACACAUAUGUCUUAUUACAUGUUGAAGUGAGGUGGCUUUCUCGCAUGAAAGUUUUUAAUUGGAUUGUUUGAACUUAGGGCGGAGAUGCUGUUGCUUUUGCAGCCUGGUAACAACCGACUUGCUGAGUUGUUCAUCUCACAGGAAUGGUUGUUUUAGUUUUACUUAGUUGGCUGACAUAUUUACACUUCUCUAUCAAUAAAUUAAGUGAGUUACAAGGACGUGACGAAACGAUACUUUCUAUUCACGGCGAAACAAAAGUUUUUGUAAGAAAACUAAACGUUUGGGCAUCCGGAGUUGAAAAUGGAAACUUUCGAAACUCGUUACUGACUCACAAUAUGGAUUUUGUGACUUCUCUUCUAGUACUCUAAACGACUUUCUUGACAUAAGAUACAAGAUCCGUGUCACAGCUGGUAUCUUCUCACUUGCAAACACUUCGUAGCCAGAUUAUUGGUUAUGUUGCUUACGAAGAAAAUAAAGGUCUAAAAUGGGUUCAAAAUUCUUCCUACGAGCGAGCUGUGGAAAAGACAUACUUGAAUUCACAGCUUCACGACUAGCUGAUUGAGUUAUCUGCUGACAGAUGUUUACGUCUACAAAUAGCAGCGAAGAAUUGUACAAGUUCGGUCUAGAGAGAAGAAAUUAAUAUACUGUAUUAGUACCAGCAGCUUCAAGAGCCCUUAUUUCCUCAGCUACUUCGCACCUCUGCGAGCUCUGGUUUUCUUCAGUGAUAAAUAUAAAAAUUAAAUCGAGAAGUAGACUGUCUAGAGAAAACGAUCCGAUUUUGUGUGUUACUUGACUUGAACUGGACAUUACGAACCUAGUGCAAACAAAACAGUGUCACACGAAGUGGCAAAUACAAAACAAAUUAAAAUGUUUCUUACAAAUUUCAUGUGCCUGUAUCAUGUGUAUACUAACAGAUGUGAACUGGACAUUACUAAACUAUUGUUAAAACAAAACAGUGUCAAGUUUCAUUGGUUGUUACAAAACAUAAUAAAAUGGUCCUUACCUAUUG